UUGUCUAAGGAGUCCACUGACAUAGCUGCCUUAGCUAUUAUUGAAGGAGGCCAGGAAAAGAAUAGCACUACCAGAAAUAGAUAUGUUCGAGAUGUCGGUCAACAGAGCCUGGCCUUACCUCUAGACGGAAUGGCAGAAGAGCUAUUCACUAACCGUCCAUGCUCUCGUUUCGUCUGGAUACCCUGCCUUGAUUGCAUCAACACGAAACUAGAUGUCUGGCAGACUGACUGA